AUGUCCCCCCUCUUUUUUCUCCUUCCAUCCACACCACCCGCUCUCUCUCUCUCUCUCUCUCUCUCUCUCUCUCUCUCUCUCUCUCUCAUGCACACCUUAAAAUUAAGGAAGGUUUUGUUUCUUGAGGUUUGGUUUGUGGUUACCCUUCUUGUUCUCCCUUUCUUUCUUUCGUGCUUGUUUUGGGUCUCCUUCUUUUCUCUCUUUCUUUUUCUCUUCUUUCUUUUCUCUUCUUUCGUUUCUUUUCUCUCUUUUCUCUUUCUUUUCUUUGCUCGUUUCUCUAUUUCUUUUUCUAUUCUUUCUUUUCUCUUCUCUUUUCUCUCUUCCUUUAGCUCUUCUUUCUUUUCUUUUCUCUUUCUUUUUUUCUAUCAAUCUAAUUGCCUGUCUUUUCUUAUCUAUCUAUCUAUCUAUCUAUCUAUCUAUCUAUCUAUCUAUCUAUCUAUCUAUCUAUCUAUCUAUCUAUCUAUCUAUCUAUCUAUCUAUCUAUCUAUCUUUUCCUUUCCCUUAUUUUUCUUUCUCUCUGUUUAUAUUUCCUUCCUUCCUUCUGACCCUCCCAUAUCUAUCUAUCUAUCUAUCUAUCUAUCUAUCUAUCUAUCUAUCUAUCUAUCUAUCUAUCUAUCCUUUCCUUUCCUUUAUUUCUUUCUUUGUAUCUGUUUAUAUUUCCUUCCUUCCUUCCUUCCUUCCUUCCUUCCUUCCUUCCUUCCUUCCUACCCUCCCCUAUCUAUCUAUCUUUUAAUUCUUUUCUUUUUCCUUCUUGCUUUCAUUCAGUUUCUAUCUAUCUAUCUCUCUAUCUCUCUAUCUAUCUAUCUAUCUAUCUAUCUAUCUAUCUAUCUAUCUAUCUAUCUAUCUAUCUAUCUAUCUUUAUUUAUUUAUUUAUUUAUCUAUUUAUUUAUAUAUUUAUUACUAAUAAAACUCAUCAAUCCUUCUCUCUAUCAUUCUUUCUUCGUUCCUUUAUUCCUUUCUUCCUUCACUUCCCUAUUUUUUUAUUUUAAUUACUUCUUUCUUUCUUUCUUUCUUUCCAAAUUUUUUAUCUUAAUUCUUUCUUUCUUUCUUUCUUUUUUCAAGUCAGUUUCUAUCUAUCUAUCUAUCUAUCUAUCUAUCUAUCUAUCUAUCUAUCUAUCUAUCUAUCUAUCUAGCUUACAAAUAAAACUCCUUAAGCUCUCUUUUUUCUCUCUAUCAUUCUUUCUUCCUUUCUAA